CUAAUCCAGCCAAACACACACGUACGCGCUCACACACGCACGCAUGCAUGCACCACACACAAUUUCUCUAUUAGAACUCGAGUCUGACAGAACUAUCAUGAGGAAUACCUGGAAUAUUCUCAAGUAAUCAAUGUGACAGCCAACUGAACAACAGGGGUCCAUCCCUCCACUGGCUAACCCUGCUAGACCAGCACUCUAAAGGAGAAGACAAUAUAGGAGAGAGGAGGAGAGGGUAUUAUUUAACACUGCUGGACCAGCACUAAAGGAGAUAACAGGAGAAGAGAGAGGAUAAAAAGGGGAUUAGUUAACUCCUGACACUGGUGUGUAGCCUGAGAAUGGCCCUGCUGUGUGUGGUUGUGGCUUUUGCCCUGACUCUGCUAGGCCCCUGCCCCAGUGUGUGUGCCCCUCAGGGGGGGGCAGAGCCAGACGAACAGCCCUAUGACCUGGAUGACUUUGAUAUGAAUGGAGAGACAGACUGGGAAAACUUGGACCUCAAUGGAGAAAACUAUGACUAUGAAGACCUAGACCAAGAGAUCGAGGUGGGGACGGUGGCCCCCCCUGCUCCUGAGACCCCUCCUCCAGCCAACAUGACCCCUCCCCCAGCCAACAUGCCCCCUCCUGAGUAUGAGGAGGAGAUGACCCUGUCCCCCAGGCCGACCCCUCCCCUGGCUCCAGUAACUCUGGACUUCAAAGGACCAGGCCUGUUUGGACCCGACACUGGCCUGGGUAUGCCUACAUGUUUGCUGUGUGUGUGCAUCAGUGGAAGUGUGUAUUGUGAUGAUGCUAACCUGGAGCAGAUUCCUCCACUGCCUAAAGAUACCACACACUUCUAUGGACGCUUCAACAGUAUCAGACACGUCAAGAACACUGACUUCAUCAACCUCAACAAGCUGAAGAGCAUCGACUUAACAGGGAACCAGAUCUCUGGUGUGGAUGAAGAUGCGUUCCGACCCCUAUCACAGCUCCAGGACAUCCUAUUGGCUGAUAACAACCUGCAGGCGUUGCCAGAACUCCCACCCACCCUCAGAUACAUUGAUGUGCGCAACAACAGACUGAUCAGCAAUGGACUACAUACAGAUGGGUUUAAGGAGAUGAGCCUGCUCGAGUUCCUGUAUCUGUCUGAUAACAAGCUGGACUACAUCCCUGUCCCACUACCUGAGAGCCUCCGAGUACUACACCUGCAGAACAACAACAUCCAGAAUCUUCAUGUGGACACAUUCUGUAACAGCCACGACCGUAACUACAUACGUCGCUCCCUGGAGGACAUCAGGCUGGAUGGAAACCCUGUCAACAUCAACCUGUUUGCCUCGUCCUACAUCUGCCUGCCUCGCCUGCCUAUCGGGAGUCACUGAGGGGAGCAUUGAGGGGGCCAGGGAGGGGCUCUGCAGAGAGGGAGGCAGGGAUGGGUCUACAAAGGCGGUGGUAGGGAGGGUGAGGGAGGAAAAGGAAAGAGAAAAUGUUCAUUUUUAAAAAGCAAAUCAAAGACAGAGAUGAGCGUGAGGGGUGGGGAAAGGAAGGAUGGAAAGGGGGAGUUGUUAAUUAAUUAAUUCUAUUCUGGUUCGCUAUCUCUUUAAUAUUAGCUGCUAACUCAAUCCUGAGACACCUGUGAUGUCACGCCAGUAAGAGACUGAAUGAUUGAUUGGCAGAUGGCCAGAAAAAUGAGGGGCUGUUUGCUUGCAUCUGACAGAUAUCAAUCACGCUGAAAUCCAACCUGGGCAGAGGAAAACAGCUGCCACUGCAUCGACUGUCUGUAUGUCUGCCUGUCUGACUGCUACUUUUGACCAACUGAAACAUGUGUGUCACCUCACAAUGAGAUCGUCAUUCUUUAUUAUAGGUUGACCAUAAUAAAAACAACUGUGAUUCACUUAGUUUGGUUGUUAAUCGACAAUGUAAAUUCAUCAAUUAAAGUAUAAACACUGCUCCA